CCUCUUUUAAAAAAACAAACUACACGCGACUCUGAUUACCUAACCUUAAUUCGGCCACAACGUCACAACAUAAACCCUAAAAUUCAAUCCCAAAUUUCAAACUUUCUUCACUCUUCCACUUCGUCUUCUACCUCUUUCCUUUCAAUGGAGGUUGAACCAGAGAAUCUCCAGAUUCCCGAAACCAUUCUCUACACCACUCUCACUCCCCUUUCCCUCGCCCCUGACGAUACCUUAGAUUCUGACAACCACGGCCAAUAUUCCGUUUUCCGUAACGAAAUCUCCCUCGACACGCCUCAAGUCGAAUCGGUUCAUUCCACCGCCCAAGAUUUCUUCUCCCUCGAUGUCGCCGGAGAAGAUAAAGCCGAAGAUAAAGACGCCCUUCCCGAGCCUGUUACGCCUGCUGAGCCGAAGAAAGCGACUCCUGAACUCGAGCCGAAGACGCCAGCGCUUGGGCCCGAGCCGACGCUAGAGAGUGGUUGGUUUCGUGGGAAUUGUAAAUUCAGAAGCCCCAUGCUUCAGCUUCAUAAAGAGAUAGUGGAUUUUUGUGAGUUUUUGUCACCUACUCCUGAAGAGAAAGCUAAACGUGACUCAGCAAUAGAAUCUGUGUUUGAAGUUAUUAAGCAUAUAUGGCCUCAUUGUCAGGUUGAAAUUUUUGGGUCUUUCAGGACAGGGCUAUAUCUUCCUACUAGUGAUAUUGAUGUUGUGAUUCUGAAAUCAGGUUUACCGAAUCCACAGAUUGGGUUGAAUGCAAUUUCUAAAUCAUUGUCACAAAGGAGCAUGGCUAAAAAGAUACAGGUUAUUGGAAAGGCUCGUGUGCCAAUUAUUAAAUUUGUUGAAAAGAGUAGUGGUCUUUCCUUUGAUAUAAGUUUUGACAUAGAAAAUGGACCCAAGGCUGCUGAAUAUAUUCAGGAAGCAGUAGCUAAAUGGCCACAACUACGGCCGUUGUGUUUGAUUUUGAAAGUAUUUUUACAACAAAGAGAUCUUAACGAGGUUUAUUCUGGUGGGAUUGGUUCAUAUGCUCUCCUUACAAUGCUGAUGGCAGUGUUACGGAAUGUCCGUCUGAGCCAAACUUCUACAGAGCACAACUUAGGGCUCCUUUUGGUACAUUUUUUCGAUUUUUAUGGGCGUAAAUUGAAUACCUCAGAUGUUGGUGUAUCUUGUAAUGGAGCUGGCACCUUUUUCCGAAAGAGUAGUAAAGGGUUUUACAAUAAGGGAAGGCCAUUUCUUCUCGGCAUUGAGGAUCCACAGACUCCAGAGAACGACAUUGGGAAGAGCUCCUUCAAUUACUUCCAGGUUCGGUCAGCAUUUUUAAUGGCUUUCACAACUCUGACAAAUCCCAAGGUCAUCCUGAGCUUAGGACCUAACAGGAGCAUUCUUGGCACUAUAAUUAGACCAGAUCCUGUCUUGAUGGAGCGUAAAGGGGGGUCGAAUGGAGAAAUAACUUUUAAUAGUUUGCUUCCUGGUGCCGGUGAGCCGGUACAGCAGCAGUUUGGAGAGAAUGAUAUGUUGUGCAAUUGGCAGUUAGAUUACGAGGAAGAACCACUUCCACGUGGAGAUGGAGAUAACACCGUUGCAGAGCCCAGCACACGAUCUUCCAGAAAAAAGAGAAAAUCCGCCUCUAAGGACGAAAAAAAUAGUGAGAAGAAGUCAAAGGAAAACGGACAUUCUCGGAAAAUCAAGAAUGAGGAGAAUGGUGCUCUGACGGAAAACGGUUCACAUAAGAAACAUAAGAAGAAACGGGCUAAACAUCUUAGAUCUAGCUGACAAAAUGCUUUGGCACUGUAAUUUUAUCAGGGGUUUUUAGAAGUGCAAGAACAAUACUGCAAAAUCACAGGCAAAUUUGAGGCCAACAUGACCUUAGGUGAGCUUUAUUUAUGCCUGCCCACAGAUGAGUGUCUUCCCUGUGUAACAUAUCAGGGAUAAGGAAUCAUUUUCAUGAUUUAUUAAAUUUUCUUUAUAUAGAAAUCAAAAUUUUUAGUGUCGUAUAGUAUAAGUUGAUUAGAAAUGCUGUAAUUUUGUUGGUCACAGUUUUUCUAGUGAUUUAUGAAUUAUUUCAUUUGCUGUUUAA